AUGUUCAAGUUUUUUAUUUUUAGUUACCAAGAAUGGUGGAUGAAACAACCCCAUUCUCAAUCUCUAUCUAUUAUAAACUCUAUUUCUCACUGGUUGAAUGAUGUAUCUUUGUUUGAUAGUGCCUGGAGAAAAGUAAGUGUUGGUGUAUGGCCAUGGCUAUGGAGUCAUCAGUUAUGUAGCUUGACGGUUUCAGUUUGGACGCCUCUAUUAGCCAUUGAAGGUACACGACGUAAUAUUCCUUAUGUUUGGGCUUACAUGCUUUUGGGUCAAGUUGUAGCUAUUUCAGUUGCCUCUGCUUUAUUUUUCGUUGUCAUGUUGACACACACUCCUAUUCCUAGUAGACAACCUUCUGAGAAGCUUUUGAAAAGCUUAUCAGUUUCAACAAUAGGUGGCUUGAUUACCGUCAUUCUUUCACCUUUCGUAGCGAGCACAGAGUUAUUUAUGCCCAAUCUUUUAAUUAUGCAUAUCUUACUUAUUCUCCCUUUGAUUUAUAAACAACAUCAUCAGCAGCAAAACAACAAACCAUCCUAUAGUAUUACGAUUUUUAUAAUGCUAAUUUAUACAAUAGCAGCAGGAGCCAAUCUUGCAAUCUAUGUAAAUCAAUGGUUUGAAUGUUUAACUACAAUAUCUCUCGACACCAAUUCUUCUAUCUUUAUUGAUAUAUAUCAUAAAGUAGUGAAUACAUUCUUUAGUCACCCCGCACAAUCAAGCAUUAGCUAUGAUAUCGUAUGUAUGCAGCUUAUUUCUACUGCAUGGAUGUGGGUCUAUAGCCGAUCUAACUUUACAGAGAUUCCUAAAUGGACAUAUGCUUUAAUGAUAAUAACCCCUUUAUUAUCUGCCUCUGUCACUUUGCCACUGUUCAUAGUAGGAUGUGAAUAUCAACAUUUACUUCUAGAUAAUAAGAAAAUAUCAUAA